AUCACAUACAAAUAGGGAAUUUGGAAAAAGAGAGAGAAAAAAAAAAAAUCAACCGACGAUUACGCUACGGCGGCGGCGCCAUAUUUCCGGCAACCAUCACACUCUACGGUUGCUGCUGUCGCUCUUGAUGUUCAAUUUUUCGAGAAAAUCCGUAAAUUCGAUCUAAUUUCCAGCCCGCGGGCUUCGAUCUGAUGUUUCUUUUCGGCUAGAGGCGUAAUCCACAGUUCAGGCGAAGCAGAUGUCGGAAUCCCAUGACGCGCCGCCAGCGGAUGGAGCUUCCAAGCCUAUGCCGGACAAGACACCGGAAGAUUCCACCGGAAAGUCGCUGCUGGACAGGCCGCUCCACCAGCUCACCGAGGACGACAUUGCUCAGCUCACUCGCGAAGACUGCCGCCGCUAUCUCAUAGAGAAAGGGAUGAGGAGACCUUCGUGGAACAAAUCGCAGGCGAUUCAGCAAGUGAUAAUGCUGAAGAAGCUUCUAGAAUCUGAUCCUGAAGCUGGUUCGGUUAAGCGCCCUAAUUAUAUCGGCCAUGGCAGCAGCAGCUAUGCUGUUAAAGAGAGUGUGCAUAGUUUUGCUCCAAAAGGUAACAAAAGCAGGGAUGAAGAAAUUUCUGUAGCUGCAAAGGGAAAGACACUGCACCAUAUAGCUGAUCUGAACAAACCUGACCCGUCGGAGGGUUUUUCAGGCACUUUUGCAGCCGCCAAGGAUGAAUUUGCUCGGCCAAGAAUCGUAUGUACAACAGAUAUUGCAGCUGGGCAAAUGACGAUAUUCUAUGGCGGAAAAGUGAAUGUAUAUGACGAUAUGCCUGCAGAUAAGGCACGUGCGAUAAUGCACAUUGCUGCAAGUCCGUUAGAUUUUCAAGAGGAGCAGCUGAGUGAUGCUAAAAUACUGCAACCUUUACCUUAUCUCCCGAAACCUCACAGCACGAAAAUGCGUCAGACUUCUGCUGAUGUCAGCUUUCCACAUUUCCAAAUAGCGAACAUGAGGGACAACUCACCAAUGCAUGGAGAAGAUAAUAUCAUGCUUCUUGAAGGGACCCCUGUGGAAGGUCCUUCCGGCAGAAAAGCAUCAGUACAAAGAUAUCUCGAGAAGAAGAAAGACAGGCUCAAGAGCAAGAGAAAGGGAGGACUGACCUCGUGUGGCAGCUUGGAUAUGUACUUUAAUCAUCAAGUGUGUAAUCAAAUACCGACAAUUGACAGUUCACUGGAGAAUGAUUCACUACAGAACGCUUGUAUUUCCACUGGCCUGAGUAACAAAGGUGGACUCGACCUGAAAAGUUCUGACUUGGUCCAGCCUCGUUUCUUGCUCAACUUCAGGAUGUGA